AUGAUCGUGUACGCGUUAUUAACUGUGCUGUGCAUUCUCAUUGUACGCUUUGUCGCGUUCCGCUACAAAAUGUAUCAAACCAUAGGGCACAUACCUGGACCGCCGGUAAACUUUCUCUUCGGCAACACACUGGAACUGGUGCGGUACGAUACAAACAAAUUUUUCGAAAAGUUGAUGGAGUAUUUUCACCGCUACGGAACGAUCGUACGACUGGAUUUGCUCAACAAGUGCUGGAUCAUAUUUUCCUCUCCGAACGAUGUGGAACGCAUCAUCUCCUCCAACGAGUUCAAUCGUAAAUCUUUGGAUUACGGCAUCCUGGACGAAUGGUUGGGCAAUGGCAUACUGCUCGAUCAUGGCAACAGCUGGUUCACGAAUCGUCGCGCUCUGACCGGUGCUUUCCACUUCAAGAUUCUCGACAGUUAUGUGCCAGUGUUUGAGGAGCAGGCAGAUGUACUGGUGCGUAAGAUACUAGAGCAGGGAGGCUCCACCGUGGACAUUUUUGCCCUCGUGAAGCUGUACACGCUCGACGUCAUCCUGGAAACCUCGAUGGGCGUUCGAUGCAGAGCGCAGCAGGAAGAUUCGGACUACGUUCGAGCCGUUUCGAACCUUUCGCGAAUCACCUUCUGGCGGAUGUAUAAUGCGAUGGGUUUCUCGGACUUCACCUUCCGAUUCACGGAGCACUACAAAACGUACCGCGAAUCGAUUCGAAUCAAUCGUGAAUUUACAACGUCCGUCAUCAAACAGCGCCGUGCUGAACUAUUAGCGACGGCUUCUUCGUCUGAAGUAGACACGAAGCCGGAGAAAGGGCGUCUUUCCCUGCUGGACAUACUGUUGCGUUCCGAUAUUACCGGACGUCAGUUUAGCGACGAAGAAGUCUACAGUCAAGUGAACAAUUUCAUGUUUGCGGGCCAUGAUACGACUUCCAGCGCAAUUACAUUUAUACUGUACUCGUGCGCUAAAUAUCCCGAUGUGCAGCAGCGCGUCUAUGAAGAAAUAAACGCCGAAAUACCACCUGAAGAACCGAUCACGCAGCAGCGCAUCAACAAUUUGAAGUAUCUAGAGCUAGUGAUCAAAGAGUCACUGAGAAUGUUUCCUCCGGUACCGUACUUUUCGCGACACAUAGACCAUGAUACGACGGUGGGCGGCUUCCGAUUGCGAAAAGGGUCAACGAUCGCUUUCGGUGCGUACAUGAUGCAUCACAACCCGGAAUACUUCCCCGAACCGGACCAGUUCCGUCCCGAACGGUUUGAGGAUGGUGAAACCAAACGAAACCCAUUCAUGUACAUCCCGUUCAGUGCCGGUAGCCGAAACUGUAUUGGACAAAAAUUUGCCUUAAACGAACUUAAAACUGCACUGGCGAAAAUAUUACGCCAAUGCAAGGUUGUUCUUCCGGAUCCGAGCUUUGUGCCGAAAAUGAAGAUGGAACUAGUGUUGAAACCAGUCAAUGGCAUGCAUCUUCGGUUUUUGGAUAGGAAAAACAUCACAUCGCUAUGA